UCAAGCAACACAAACAUGGCAAACUCCAUCAACAUGUUGUUGAUUAUAACCACUUUUGUAGCAAUUGCUCCUCUCUGCUUGUGCCACAGCACAAAUGGAGGCUAUCUCUACCCACAAUUCUACGACCGAACAUGCCCACAAGCUCUACAUAUAGUCAAAUCCAUCGUGGCCAAAGCCGUCGCUAAAGAGCCUCGCAUGGCUGCCUCACUCCUACGGCUCCAUUUCCACGACUGCUUCGUGAAGGGAUGUGAUGCAUCGAUACUUUUGGACAGCGCUGGAGGCUUAACCAGUGAGAAAAACUCAAUCCCAAACAGGAAUUCGGUUCGUGGAUUCGAUGUGAUUGAUGAGAUCAAAUCAGCCCUCGAGAAAGCCUGCCCUCGAACCGUUUCAUGUGCAGAUAUUUUGGCUGUCGUAGCUAGAGACUCCACCGUUCUAGCUGGUGGACCGAGCUGGGUGGUUCCGUUGGGGAGAAGGGACUCGAGAGAUGCAAGUUUGAGUGGUUCGAACAACAACAUCCCAGCUCCAAACAACACCUUCCAAACAAUCCUCACCAAAUUCAAGCUAAAAGGAUUGAACAUUGUUGAUCUUGUAGCAUUAUCCGGAAGCCACACCAUAGGGAAUGCAAGGUGCACAAGCUUCAGGCAGAGGCUGUACAACCAGACAGGGAAGGGGAAGCCGGAUUCGAGCUUGGAUCGGUCGUACGCAGCCCAGCUGCGCACGAGGUGCCCGCAGUCGGGGGGCGACCAGAACCUCUUCUUCCUCGACUUUGUAUCUCCGACAAGCUUCGACAACAGCUACUUCAAGAAUCUGCUGAGCUUCAAGGGGCUGUUGAGCUCGGAUCAAGUGCUGGUGACCAAGAGUGAAGAAUCGCUGGAGCUGGUGAAGAGAUAUGCGGAGAGCGAGGAACUCUUCUUCGACCAGUUUGCAAAGUCGAUGGUGAAAAUGGGGAACAUUUCGCCAUUGACGGGCCGCAGAGGAGAGAUCAGGACCAACUGCAGGAAGAUGUCUUCUUCAUAAUCAAGAUUCAACUAAGUUGUUGCUGUGUUUUUCAACUUUGCUUUCCAUUAAUUAUUGCCCUUUUCCUACGUUGAUAUGUUCUAUAUUUGUCAGUAAAUUUAUAAUACUUUGAUCUUUUUCAUGUAUUGUUGUGUACUUGUGUACAAUCCACAUUUUUCAGUCAAAUUUAUGUUUAUGCA